AUGUUCACAGUUUGUUUACCGAAACAGCUUUUCAGAGUGCACAGGGACGCCUGCUUUGUUGGCGGUUACGCACCAGCGACAACACCCGGCUGGUGCGCACUGACUAGGGGAGCGGCGAGGCCCGCAGCCCGAGUCGCGAACCAGCGUGCCUCGAACACCCUGCAGAGACGCCUGCGCAGCGCCGCCGAAGGGGAAGCUUCAGGGAAGCCUGCACCCGGAGAGGCGCAACAGGCUACAUGGGUGGCUGUGAAAGCGGCCAUCGUCAUUGAAUCACCGCGUUCGCUGGUGUACCGGCUGUUUGCUGACCUCGAUCGGGUCAAGGAUUGGUCGGCUUCGCUGGCCCAGUGCCAGCGGUCGGAGUCGGAGCCUGGGGUCGUGGAGUGGAAGUUUUCAUGGCAGAGCGUGGAGCUGGAAUGGAAGACUCGCGAUACGCGCAUCAUUCCGAAUCAACGAAUAGAGUGGCGGAGCAUCUCCGGCCUCGAGCACUAUGGCGCAGCACUCUUCGACGAUGCGAAGGAUAACACCUUUAUGAACAUCGAAUCAACACCAUGCACCAGACUGACCAUGCACAUUCGGUACGAUGCCAUGUCGCCGCUGGCAGCGGCGGUUCUCCGAACGGGCGUUGUUCGGAACUUUGUCGAGACGGCGAUCCGCAUGGAUCUGAAUCGCUUUCGCGACUAUUGUCUGCGACAGCAAAUGCUCGAGAGGCGGCGAGCACGAAAUCCCUCUGGCUAG